AUAUUUGCUCUGUUGUAGUUUUGGGUGUGUAACUAGCUAUCUAACGCGUUUUACAUUUUAUAUAAUAGCUAGCUAAUUCAUCACAACGUUUGGGGAUACAUAAUUGCGCCAACAAAGUUAGGUUUUUAAUGUUACGUGUACGUUGUAGUUGUGUGCACUUUACUAUAUUCGUUGAGGCUAGAUGUUAUGGUCUGCUGGCAGCCGUAAAGCUAGCUAGUUUAGGUAGCAUCAAUCCAACUUUCGUCAACUCCUCUCGUUACGUGAUUCAGUUGUCCGUCAGUUGAUCAGAAAAUCACGAAAAUAAUAUCACAUAGUGGCCACAGUGUUUGAUAUUAGGUCGGUUUGUUCAACCUUUGAAAGUCGAAGUUACGUUGGCAACAUCAUAAACAAAUGCGUCGCCAUGUUGGCGGAAGUUGUGUUCCCUAGACAUUGAAGUGGCAUUUCUGGCGGCGUGAAAAUAGCUUUUUCUUGGCCCUAGGUAUGGAGGAGAACGAGGCACUGGAGAACUACUGCAGGAGAAUGAUAACACAGGUCAACAAUCAACUAAACCCAGAAACUGCAGGGGAGAGGGGGUGGAGAGAGAGGCAGGAGGAGAGGGGGGAAGAGGGGGAGAGAACAGCUCUCCGAGUGAGGGGGAGGAAGGGGUUGCAGAGUGAGGUGUGGAGGAGGAUGAUCAUACAAAUACACAGAAAACAGAACACAGAAACUACAGCAGCGAGUGAGAGGCAGAAGGAAAAGACUGUGAGGAGACAGAGGGAGUGUGAGGACCUUGCAGGAGAGCCUGUCCCUAUACAGCUAAUUUCUGCCCUGAAGAUGAAGACUUUCACAGAGGAGAUGAGACGGGCCAUGGACACGGAGCUACAUGACCCAUCAGUGUGUGGAGUGUGUGUGCAGCAGCAGGCAGCUUUGUCCCUAAACACCUUCAUCAGGAGGAAGACUACUCAACUAGACACUAACAUACUGGAGGAUAAACUACACACACACCUCUAUAACAGGGACGCGGUGUGUCUGUUGGGAGAGUUGCUAAGGGGCCUCCCCAAGCCCUCUGACGCCCCCAGUGGGAUCUGGGAACAACUGCAGGCCAGAGGAAGACAGCAACUUGGGGUUACCUUGGAGACAGAACAGGAAUCUGGAUGUACUCAGACAAGAGAACGUCAGUCUGGGGUUACCCUGAUGACAGUACAAGAACUGAGCUAAGUGCACCCUCAUGCUGGCCAUGUGACUGAGCACAGCAGAAAUGGCACCCUUUUCCCUAUGUAGUGAACUAGUUUUGCGUCGAGUCAGCCCUACGUGGAAGUGGAUUGCAGCCUGUGAUUUUCACUGAGUGUCAUUGAUCAUGUGUAUUAUAAUGAGAUUCAUCUUAUAAAAGAAAAUACAAUUCCAACUGCAGUACAAAAUACAUUUUAUUUUUGUAUUCUUGUAUUCAAGUUUCACAUACAACACUGUUAAAAGCAAAUGAGCAUCGUGGUUCUCUCAGUCCUUGACCGUCCAUUAUGCCUUCAGUAAACAUUAGAACAACUUCCUGGGUUAUACAGUCCAAUAUCACAAACAGUUACAACACAGUCAUUAUAGUUCAGCCAUGGAGAGUGUUCAUGCAAUGUAAACAUGUUAAAUACAGAGGAACAAGUAAAUGCAGUACGUUUCACAUUUCUAAUGUUAGAGCCAAUAGCAACAUUAGCUGAAGAACGCUCAACUCCGUUCGCUUAUAUCGAGGCAGAGUUGAGUUUUGAUAACUGGUUGCAUGAUAUGCGAGCAACAACAUUGAGUCACCAUCAGUUGAUACUUGUUAAAAACGCCUACCUGUCCCUAUGUUUGUCCUGUACAUCCGCGGUCCUUCCAUAGGGUGCCGAAAUUCAUACUUUGAAUAAAAACUUUUAGCGAA